CAGGAGACAGAUCUUUCUGAAGUAAUAGAGGCUCUGAAAUCUCGGGAUGAAAUCCACAACAUUUUAUCUCAUCCAAUUCCUUCCAUGACGCAAAUAGUUAAUCAUGCAGAAAGAAUAAGUGCUGCUUUGCAUCAUGAUAUCGAGCACCAUGAAGCACCUCAAGGAAGACCACCAAGCAACCUGAUACACCUGAUGACCAACAUCACACAACAACUGGAGGAAUAUCAGCCACAAAGUGAUGUUGGUCCUGCUCUCCAUGCAGCAAGGCAAGUGGCCUAUUGGUCUUCUGUCUUUAUUUCCAUGGUUUCCAACAAUGCUGCCACCAUCCCUUCUUCUAAU